AUGAGGGUUCUACGGAGUUUCUUAGAUGAAGAUGCUAUCAGAAUGAUACAGGUCUUAUUGGCAAAAACGGACCUCACUGUUCGCCUUGGGACAACGUCGUCCAGAUCCUUCCCAACAAAUGUGGGAACCCCCCAAGGAGACUCUCUCUCGCCUCUGUUAUUUGUGAUCUACCUUGAGGCUGCUUUACGAGAGCUGAGAGGUCUAUAUGACAAGUCAAUAACUGAAGUGAUUUACGCUGACGACGUCGACUUUGUGUCCACUGACAAAUCCGCCCUACUCAGACUAUUGGAGAUUGCACCGGAUAAACUUGGAGAAUGGUUCUUAAUCAUGAACACGGACAAGACUGACGUGGUCGAUGUAUCACGCUCGGAUACCCAAACUAUGGAAAAAUGGAGACUUUCGAAGAAGCUUAGCUCUCUGCUUGGAGACCGAGAAGACAUCAUGCGAAGAAAGCUACUGGCCGCUGUUGCUCUAAAAUCUGUCAUGAAAGAUUGGCUACGAUAUUGUCCCGGGAACCCAUCACUACGCUCUAGAAUCUACAACGCUUUUGUCAAACCGGUACUACUGUACAACUCAUCUACAUGGGGCAUCUCUGACACCGAACUAAAGAAUCUUGACUCGUUUCACAGAAAACAGCUUCGCGUCCUAAAUGGCCUGCAUUGGCCUAAGAAAAUUAACAACUCAUCGCUCUACAAACUCAGUAACUCGGUGCCAGUCAGCCAGGACAUCAUAGAUGGCCGCUGGAGGCUCUUCGGACACGUCCUGAGAAUGGACCCGUCCUCACCUGCUUACCAAGCCAUGGAAGAAUAUAAUACUCUCGAUUCGUUUAUGAAAGGGAAAAUAAUUGCGCUAUACGACUUAAAUAUGUCAUAUAUUAAAAUUUCUAAAGAAACCGGUGUUCCAUAUUCAACAGUCGUAAAUUUUAUCAAGAAAUACAAUAAAACUGGAUCAUAUGACCGCCAACAUGGUUCUGGAAGACUAUCAAUUUUGAAUAAUGUGCAAAUUAAUCAUUUGCGUACAUCAGAGGAAAAUUCAUCUUUAACUGCUUCUGAACUCUCUAAUGAAAUAGAAAAGUUUUCUGGAACACGUGUCUCGUCUCGAACCAUAAUACGAAAUUUAAAUAAAAAUGGAAUUUUCGCAAGAAUUGCAUAG